AUGAUAAGACCAGUGAGUGGAUCUCUCUCGGGGAAGGUCGUCCUGCCCUGCUACUUCUCCACCAUCCCCACCUCCGUACCCGCCAUCGGCGCCACCGCCAGCACCGACUACCUGCGCAUCAAAUGGACCAAGAUGGAAAACGAGGUGGAGUCGACGGUGCUGGUGGCCCAGAACGGCGUCAUCAAGAUCGGCUCCAGCUACAGGAACCGCGUGUCGGUGCCCAGUCAUCCGGACGAUGUCGGCGACGCCUCCCUGACCGUGGUCAAGCUCCGGGCCAGCGACGCCGGCACGUACCGCUGCGAGGUCAUGUACGGCAUCGAAGACACCCAGGACACGGUCGACCUCGACGUGAACGGUGUUGUGUUUCACUACCGGGCAAGCAUCAGCAGGUACACCCUGGACUACCAGAGUGCUGUCCGGACCUGCCAGAGCAUUGGAGCCUCCAUCGCUACCCCAGACCAGCUGAAAUCAGCCUACGAAGACGGCUUUGACCACUGCGACGCGGGCUGGAUCUCUGAUCAAUCAGUCAGGUAUCCAAUCAAGAGGCCCCGAUCUGGUUGCUUUGGUAACCUGCUUACCAAGCCGGGCGUGAGGACGUAUGGAACCAGGAAGGCCACCGAAAAAUAUGAUGUGUACUGCUACGUGGAUAAGCUGGAUGGCGAGGUGUACUUCGCCCCUGUGACCCGUAAGAUGACGUUCGAGGAGGCGAGGAAGGAGUGCGAGAGGAGGGGCUCCGUCCUGGCAUCUCCGGGGCAGCUGCACUCGGCCUGGCGUCAGGGUCUGGACAAGUGUGACUACGGCUGGCUGUCCGACGGCAGCGUGCGUCACCCCGUGGCGGUUCCCAAGAUGCAGUGCGGCGGAGGCCUGCUGGGAGUCAGGACCAUGUACCGCUUCAGGAAUCAGACCGGCUUCCCGGAGCCUUCCACCAAGCUGGGAGCGUACUGCUUCAAAGGCAUCCACACGUGCUCCGAGAACGUCUGUCUGAACGGCGGCUCGUGCCGUCGAAGCGGGAGCGUCUCCUCCUGUAGCUGUGCCCCCGGCUACAGCGGAGACCGCUGUGAAACAGACAUCGACGAGUGCCACUCCAACCCCUGUCGCAAUGGAGGAACCUGCGUGGAUGGUCUGAGUUCCUUCACUUGCGUGUGUCUGCCGAGCUACUCUGGGCUGUACUGUGAAGAGGAUACGGAUAUGUGUGACUAUGGCUGGCACAAGUUCCAGGGCCACUGCUACAAGUAUGUCCCUCAGAGGAGGAACUGGGACAUGGCAGAGAGAGAGUGUCGGCUCCAGGGGGCUCACCUCACCAGCAUCACCGCCCACGAGGAGCAGCAGUUUGUCAACCGUCUUGGACAGGACUACCAGUGGAUUGGCCUGAAUGACAAGAUGUACGAGAACGACUUUCGCUGGACUGAUGGAAGCUCUAUGCAAUACGAGAACUGGAGACCCAACCAACCAGACAGUUUCUUCUCCUCGGGCGAGGACUGUGUGGUGAUGAUCUGGCACGAGGACGGCCAGUGGAACGACGUCCCCUGCAACUACCACCUCACCUUCACCUGCAAGAAAGGCACAGUGGCCUGCAGCCAGCCCCCCCUGGUGGAGAACGCCCGCACCUUCGGCAGGAAGCGGGAGCGCUACGAGAUCAACGCGCUGGUGAGGUACCAGUGUCGGCUCGGCUUCAUCCAGAGGCACGUGCCAACCAUUCGUUGCCGAGGAGACGGCCGAUGGGACGUCCCCAAGAUCGCCUGCAUUAGUCCUUCCAGCUACCAGAAGGUGUUCACCAGGAAGCAGCAGGCCAACACCCUGUACACCAUCAACAAUCUGAUAAGGCGCUCCGAGGGAACGGCCCUUCGUCGCCACGGCCACAGAGGACGGCGAGAGAGGACGGAGGAGAGGCGGAGGCCGUGAUCGAGACAGAUCCCUACGCCGUAGGGA